UAACGAUGUGGUACAAUGUGAUGAUCGUAGCGGCAAUGCUCGCAGUCUCGCAAGGAUACGACGCCGUCAGUCUGACGCAGGCGGAUAUCGGAGCGUUUCUUGACGCUCAUAACGCUGAGCGUGCAACUGCUGGAAUUGCCGCAUUGGCUUGGAACGACACUUUGGCAGAAUUCGCCCAAGCCUUUAUCGGUAACUGUGUUUUUAAACACAGCGGUGGGCCGUAUGGGGAGAACUUGUACGCUUCUAUGCCUGCAAACACUGACCACCCCACCAUAGCCGGGAAAGCGGUCAAGCAAUGGAUAGCAGAGAAAUCCGUACAGACACCUGAUUGGUCCUGCAUUACGUCAUCGCCGACCUGUGGUCACUAUUCUCAGGUUGUGUGGGGUAAAUCUUUACAAGUCGGAUGUGCCAUCAUCCACUGCCCCACGGAGACCAAAGCUUGGCCAAACAUGGUCGUCUGCGAAUAUUUUCCACGCGGCAACUUUGUUGGACAAAAGCCUUUCUAA